AUGGGAAAGUGUUGUGCCGUUGAUGGUUGUCUUAGUGGCCGAAAGGCAAGUGAGCAUUUAGGAAAAGUGGCUUUAUUCAAAGCACCAAAAGAUAUUGAAAUGCUCAGCAAAUGGAGCACUGCUCUUGGCAAAGAAUUAAAAAAUACCAAUUUUAUUUGCGAAUUACAUUUUAAUCCAAACGAUGUUAUUAAAAGUAAUCAAGAGGUUCUAAAAGAUGGGAGUAUAUAUUUUUAUGAAUACGAAAAAGUUCAUUUGAAGAAGAAUGCUGUACCAAAAUCCAAUGUGACUACCAAUGAAAAUAAUUACAGCUUAUUAUCAGAUGAUGUUCGUUCAAAUACCUCUGGUAUAAUUAACGAUGAUAUGAUUGUCGACUGUAGUCUAAAUCCUAUUGAGUCUAUUGAGUCAACAAUCGUAAAUGAAAUUAUAAACGAAGUAAUUGAGCCUGACAAUAAAAAUUCUACAAACACAAAUUUUGCUAUUGGUACAAAUAUUUUGAUUAAUAGUGAUAAUUUGGUGAUCAUAAAUGAGCCCGAAAAGUUUUCGUUUCAUUCCAUAGAAAAAAUUUUAGAAGUUCAGCCACUACGUAAAAAUUGGAGUUGGACUGUGAUUAAAGAUUCAUAUAUUUCAUUAUCAUAUAUAAAUUUAAAAUUGGAAUUAGUUUGUCACGUAAAAAUUCAUAAAGAUCUUAAAGUUACGGUAAGAAGCUUCCAGGCUUAACUGAAAACAAUUAUUUGAAUGGUAUCAAAAAGUUAUUCUUACGUUACAGAUCGUGAAUGCCAAAACAAAUAUCCUUAUUGAUAUGGAUGUAAAUAUUUCGUCAAUUGAUUGUGUUUGGCAGUUAUUAAGCUCUUUAGAAAACACCUUUUUCUGCAGUGGAACUGGAUACGAUGACAAAAGGUAACCAUGAAUUUAGAUACAUUAAUUUACAAUAACUAAUGCUGUUGUUACUAAGUAAUUAAAAUCUCAAGUACCGUGUUUGACUUGUGUAAUUGAAUCUUAAUAUUUCAUUUUUAUAGAUGUUCAGUCACUUGCACAGGUAUAUUAUUGCCGGAGGAAUGAUAUAAAAGAAAAGUUGUGGAAUACAGAUGUAUUACUUGUCGAAAGUUGAGACGUUUGAUCCAAAAACGUAAGACGGAAACAACAAAUAAUAAUUUUUUAAUAACGCGGGGGCAUUUUCUAGUCAAGUGUUCUAAUAAAAGUGCUACGGAGAGAAAAGUUAAAUCUAAAAAAUCUCGAAA